AUGACUUUCCCGGCCGACUUCCCCAGACCGGAUGCCAAAAAAAACGACGCCAGGAAUGUCUUCGUGCAAAUGGAAUGGGUCCCCGAUAUGGCCCGCGCCGUGCGCUCUGUGGAUCCUUUGCAGCUGGAUACCGUGGAGGAGCUCGAACUCGAGAUGGACAAGAAGCUCCGCACCGCCUGGGAUCUUCUGAUGCGCGGCGAGGGCUUCGACAUCGGAUCUCACUCGGUGACCCAGGAAAGCACGCUGAACAGGUCCGACACACUGACGGUCGGCAAAAAAGUGGAGAAGCUUCCUCCACCUCCCGGCGAGAUCGGCGCACAAAGGCUCAUGGAACUACUUGCAGCCAGCUUCGACUGGGACGCGUCUUUGCGCGACCCCGCAGCAGCGUUGGCGAUCCUUGGGCGGAAACACGACGAGAAGUUGAGCUACACGGACAUGGUGCAGCUGCUCCUGGAUGGGCGUUUCCGCACACGUGAUGUUGGACGGAACUUUGUGCUGCUCUCCCUUGCAGAGGCAGAGACGCUUCGGCGCAUUCUCCAUGCCCGGCUGCAGGAGGGUUCUACCAUCCUCAAGCAGUCGCCAAGUUCCGCCUUGGCUCUUCGCUGCGUCUUCGCCGGCAACGCCGUGUUGGAUGCCUCGAAGUCCUUUCAACCAGGUCCGACCUUCCAGUGCCGCAUGUUGCAUCAACUGGCGCGGUUUUUAGAUGGCCAAUCCUUCUACCGACCGCCUGAGAUCUCAGUGCUGCUACGUGCUCUGCAGCGGAACAGGCCGUUUGACCGACGGCGCUUUUUCGAGGGCCUGGGCGGCUGCCGUCGCCGGGGAGGAGGCGCAGCCGGCGGCUGGGAGCAGCAGCCAGUGGCAGAGGUACUUCGGCCCUGGCUUGAGUUCGAGCAGAUUCUGGCGCGGGUGCGCGCGGUCCGCCUCCAUGCUGCGAUCUACGGCCAGGGCCUUUCCGUGCAGAUGGCUUUCCAGCGCUUCGACGUGAAUCAGUCCGGCCUGCUCGAGCCCAUGGAAUUGUGCAGAGCUUUGCGAGAGCUGGGCUUCGCUUUCGAUGCUUACGAAGUGGCGAACUGGAUCGAAGCAGUGGACACCACCGGAAAUCAUUGCGCCGACUAUGCGGAGUUCUUCGCAUUCUGCAAGCUUCAGGUGGAUGCCCUCCUUGGCGACUCGACCGUUCCCCGCUUUGCCGCUCCCUCCUUUUCUCGGAUUCUCGGAAAGAUGCCGCCGAAAUCCAUUCUGGACGGAGGAGCCUAUGACAAUGCAGCCACGCUCAACGCGGCGAGCUUGACAGCGGCGGCUGCAGCUGGUCAGAAUGGGAAAACCUAUACCACUGUGGCCAUCCUUGAGGAUGCAGGCGAUGCAGAAAUUGACGUUGAGGCGGUGACCGGGUUGCUGUCUGCCCCAGAUGCCACGGUCUUUAUCACGGACCUCCAGGCCUUAGAGGGACAAGCGCUGAACCUGUUCUCUAUCGAAUCAGGUGCCCUGCCAGGUGUGCACAAGGAAACGUAUAACGCAGGAGCCCCGUCGCUUCGAGCACAACUUAUGCAGAGUUUUGGAUUUAAUCUCAUGGAUGGUGCCGAAUUCGUAGGACCAGCGAAACUGCCAGAUGUCGCUGCACUGGCGCACUGUAAACUCGGCUCUGCGAUCAAUAGCCGAUGCACGCUUUCUGAUCUCGCAACAGGACGGCUCAUGGUGUUGCUGUGCUCGUUGUUUACGAUAAUGGGCGCCGCAUCCAGCCUGGCAUCCCUCACCUCCAAGAAAGCAAUCGGGCAUUAUACUGCCUUCUCGUCGGGCCAAAAGCCUCAAGGCUAUAGUGCCCAAGCAGCGUUUUUCGCAGGAGCUUAUGGCACCCUGCUCGGCCAACUUCCGUCUGGUGUGUUGUCGGGGCUCGCAGGGGUGUAUGUUGUGUCAAGCCUGCUGACGGUCACAUUGCUUGCCGAGCCAAAGCACACACAACUCUUGGCCCUCUUGGCUGCGGCGCCAUAA